ACGAGCAGUAGGGAAGCCUUUACAGGACAUGGCUUUUCUCUGCUCCUCUCUUUGGUGGUAUGGUCUCUGUUGACAAUAAAAUUUUUCUCUUAAUAAUCUUUACUAAAUCUUCAAAUUUUCAUAUUUUGCUUAUUGGGUGGUUUUUAUUUUUCCAAAUUUCUGUACCAUAUUUGGUUGGGCUGGGAAGGAAAAACGGUUAAUUGAUUGCUUUUGUACUAUGUUUUCACUGUCGAUCUUUGACUGCUUUCCUUAGUAGUAUCUUCCUUUUUUUUUUCUUUACUUAUUUUUGCUGUUUUGAAGGCUUGAGAUUCCAAGCAAACCUUUGUUUUGUUUUCUCUUUUUUGAAGCUUGAACAAUAAGUGAAAGGUGGGAGCUUGAUUAUUGUGUGUUUAUUGGUGAUAUUAUUGUUAUUAUGAUGAUGGGAAAAUGAGGGACUUUUGACCAUAGAAAAGAGAUCAGGAUAAAGCAAAGGGAAAGGAACAGGGUAGUGAGAUAGAUAUAUGUGAGUUUGUUCAAUAAAGAGGAAAAAAAAAGGUAUUUUUCAUGCUUUAUGAUUUGUCAAUGAGAGAAGAAUUGUGUAGAAAAACACCAACUUCCAUCCUUUUUUUUUUUGUUUUACAUCUGUUAUGUAUAACCUAGAUGUAAUGUGCCUUGAAGGGUGCUUGUCACUGCUGUGAAUUGAAAGUGUGUUGGGGGAGUGGAGGAGAGGUUUUAAAAUCUUUCUUUUUAGGUUCCUUGAGAAUCUGUGUUGUUUUAUUUUUUGGGGGAAAAGGGAGUGUUUCAAAGAUGCCUAUGUUUCAACCCUCAAGGAGGGAUGGGGUUGUUGUUGCUGGAUUUGAGGGUAGCGGUGAUGGGCAGUUUCUAGAUCUGGAUACUGCUGUUAAAGAUGGGGUUUUGGGUGGUGUUGUUGGUGCUGGAGUCAUUGGUGCUGCUGUUGGUGAGAAAUUGGAUCUGAAGAAAAUGAUUGAAGAGCUUGAUUUACCUGAGAUUCCUUCUGUGUUUAUUUGUCCAAUCUCCCUUGAUCCAAUGCAAGACCCUGUUACCCUUUGCACUGGCCAAACUUAUGAGAGGUCCAACAUUCUCAAAUGGUUCAAUUUGGGGCACUAUACUUGUCCCACUACAAUGCAGGAGCUAUGGGAUGAUUCUAUUACCCCAAAUAGGACCCUUUACCAUUUGAUUUAUACUUGGUUUUCGCAGAAAUAUUCGCUUAUGAAGAAGAGAUCAGAGGAUGUACAAGGAAGGGUAAGUGAGCUUCUUGAGACAUUGAAGAAGGUUAAGGGUCAAGCCAGGAUUCAAGCCUUGAAGGAGCUGAGGCAAGUUGUGACAGCACAUGAUACGGCUAGGAAGACGGUGGUUGAUGAAGGUGGGGUUUCUGUAAUUUCAUCCUUGUUAGGCCCAUUUACGUCCCAUGCGGUUGGUUCAGAAGCAAUUGGGAUUCUUGUCAAUUUGGAGCUUGAUUCAGAGUCCAAAACCAAUUUGAUGCAGCCGACAAAGAUUUCAUUGAUGGUGGAUAUGCUGAAUGAAGGGUCAGUGGAGACAAAGAUCAAUUGUACGCGAUUGAUGGAGAAGUUGAUGGAGGAGAAGGAAUUUCGCUCAGAGAGCAUUUCCAGCCAUCGACUGUUGGUUGGGUUAAUGCGCUUGGUCAAAGAUAAGAGGCACUCGAGUGGAAUUUUGCCUGGACUUAGCUUCCUCAGAUCUAUAUGCUUGCAUAAACAAGUCGGGAGUUUGAUUGUGAGUAUUGGAGCCGUUUCUCAAUUGGUAGAAUUGUUGCCUGCCUUGGAGACUGAUUGCUUGGAAUUAGCCCUCUUCAUAUUGGACACAUUAUCUUCUCUUCCGGAGGGUAAAGUAGCUUUGAAGGAUUGCGCAAACACAAUUCCGAAUAUGGUGAGGCUUUUGAUGAGAGUUUCAGAAAGCUGUACUCAAUAUGCGUUGUCAAUUUUGUGGUCUGUAUGUAAACUUGCCCCUGAAGAAUGCUCCUUAGUUGCUGUAGAAGCAGGUUUAGCAGCAAAGCUGCUUCUCGUGAUUCAGAGUGGUUGCAAUCCUGUCUUGAAGCAAAAGUCUGCAGAGCUCUUGAAGUUAUGUAGUCUAAAUUAUACGGACACCAUCUUUAUUUCAAAGUGCAAGCUCACAAGGACAAUCCAAUGAGGGAAAUUUUACUUUGCGAUCUUUCAUACAGCCUUUUGCUAAUGAGGCAAGGGAGUUAAAGGGCCUGCCUAUCCGGGUCAAAAAAUCUUCCAAGAUUGAACAAUCAUACAUAUGACUAUAUGAGAAGGGGGUUUGAACUUUGAGGUAUGAAUUAACUCUCCUGUAUAUAUUUCAAGCACUUCAAUUCCAGCAAUUGAUUCAACUUAAAGAACACUCAUAAUGUGGACAAGAAAACCACAUUUCUUGCUGCAAUGGAAUUAUGUCGAGUUCUCUUUUCCAAUGCCUUGUCAAAUAAACCCUUCUAAAAGAAGAGAUGAUGUAAAAAUGUUUAUGUGCAAUGGACUAGUUUCGGGGUAUAUUGUUCGAUAGCAAUACGUUUAAGAGGAGUUCAAUUUGUGCAAGACUAUGGAGCUUGCAAUUAUAUUGUAAUAGACAAAGAAUUGCUUUGCUCCAUGGGCCCUUCUAUCUCCCAAGUUGUUCCCAUGGUAGGGGGCCUUCCAAUUUUCUGUCUGGGUUGUAGUGGGAGUUUUGCUUUAAGCUCCACACAAUCGUAGAGACUGGAAUGUGUACAAUGAAAGUAACCAUUUCGUUUUUCGUUCUUCUUAUCUCAUUUCUGUAUUUUUGAUUCAUUUAAGAUUUUGGUAUCAUUGUCUUUCGCAGACAAUUCAAUUUAAUUCAUUGUUUCAAAUCAUGAUGGAUCCAUGAUCCUGGUUGCUAGGUUAGAAUUUAUAAAAAGUAAAGAUAAAGAGAGGGACCAGCUUUUACACAUGCGUUGAACUAUUACUAUUUUGGAGGUCCAUUUAUGUACUUUACAUAGCCCUUUGUGGGAGAAGUUGAGGACAGCACCCAUUGUCACCUCGCUUUCAAUCACUGUUUCAAUCACUGUUGUAACGAAAAGAGAGAAAAGAAAGUUGAGAACUUUCACUGCACAGAUUGACAAGGAACUCCUAUUUCAGAUUGUAGUAUUUGCCUGCGUAACCAAUGCAUCUGGCAGAAGCAAGUGCGUUAAUUUUAUCUGGAAUUAGCCCUGGUAGUUUACG